GCAGGUUUUGCUGCCACCAGGUGCGCCAUUGGACAUGGCGAUAGUUCUGGACGUAGGCUUUCGCCUGAGAAAGUGGGUCUCCAACGGGCGGCAGCGUGUGAUUCGAAGAGCGCAGGACAACUCAAUACUCAGAGCACUUGGCGACGCAACACAAGACGGGAGCCGGUUGGAACACGAGUUUAUCAUGCCUUAUCUGAUCCUUGGGCCGGUACACAUGACUGGAACGCAAAGAGCGAACACCGAGUACAAGACGCUGCCGAAUUCAUAUAGCAGAUACCCCUCAGGCCCUCCAAUUUGCUCCUCGUUGGACUUUGACGCACAACAUCACCAACAUGCGGGCAGCUCUCUUGUCAUUCGUCGCCGCUCUGGCUGUGUUGAGCAAUGCACAAACACAUGGUGAAGGCGAAGAGGGAUCUAGCAUGGGUCCAGUAGCCUUCCUCUGGCCACCGGACCGAAUCUGGGACGCUGAGCACGACAACACCUCACCAUGUGGAAGUUCAGCUGGACCAUCCAACCGCACCAUAUACCCACUGUCGCAAGGUGCUGUUGCGUUGAGCAUCGCCGAUGAUGCAUGGCAUGUUGCCUUCCGACUGGCGAUUUCGGACAACCCAACCACUCAGGCAGACUUCGAUGAUCAGGUUGUAAACAAUAUCUCGGAUAUCGACCCGGGUCACCAGUGCUACUCCAUCGACCGCCUCGAAGGCAUCGCAGCCGGCACCAACGCCACCAUUCAGCUCGAAUACUGGGCGGAAUACGAGGGCGAGAACAACGGCAACAACCAGUCAUUCUUCGCUUGCGCCGACAUCACCUUCGUCGAAACAAUAAACUUCUCCAUCAAAGUCCCCUGCUUCAACGUCACGUCUGACGACUUCAACGCGCCCACCCCCAGUGCCUCUGGCAGCACUCCUUCCAACACGGGUCUCUCGUCUUCGCAAUCCGACACGCCCUCGUCGUCCGGCAGCGGCGGCGGUCUGUCCACGGGCGCAAAGGCAGGUAUCGCCGUGGGCGCUGUCAUCGGCGGUCUCCUGGUUCUGGGCGCGAUCGGCUUUUUCUUUUGGCGCCGUGGUAAGAACACGGGGCUCAAGAAUAAGGAUGCGUAUGAGCUGCGCGCAAAGAGUUUGGGAACGCCGACGGGGUCCGUGCAAGCGUAGGGUAG